CCGAGGUCGGCGAUCUCCGCGCGCCGGACCGGCAACGCCGGUACGCUGACCACUAACGCAUCCGUGCACUUCCCAGUCUCUUGUCUGCCUCUCGGAUCUCUCGACGAUUCUCAUCGAGAUGAUAAUCUGCAUCGACCGCCGUCUCCCGCUCGUUCGGAUCUGUUGGCUUCCAUAAUCACAGUGUCAUAGGACAAACACCAUUGAACAUCGACGCAACGUCAUGAGCGAUCAAACCAGGCCAAAGGUGCUGCUUAUGGGCAAGCUAUUGUAUGCGCGGGAGGAAUUCUAUGAUCAGGUCGGCGCACUUGCAGACAUCAUAGACCUCGACGCUCAAAGCGUCGCCGAGAUUGCCCAGCGACGAGAGACAACGUACAAAGGACUUCAAGUUAUAUGUCAUUUUCACGACCCUUCGCAUCCAAUUGCUAGAUUGGACGCAGAUUUCUACUCGGCUCUACCUGACACUUGCUCGUACAUAUGCCAUUUUGGAGCUGGUUAUGAUGAUGUCGAUGUCAUCGAAGCAAAGCGUCACGGUAUUGCUGUAUCGCAUACCCCUGGAGCGGUGGACGAUGCCACGGCCACCACGGCUAUUUAUCUCAUAUUGGCCGCCAUGCGACAAUUUUCCAAGGCUGAAGCAUCUGCCCGACGAGGAGAAUGGAAGAAUCACCUCGAGCUGGCUAGGGAUCCAGAGCAGAAGGUGUUGGGGAUCGUCGGUUCUGUCGUGGCUAAGCGCCUUCUAGCAUGGGACAUGAAGGUCAUAUAUCACAACAGGCGGGAGGUCUCACCGAAGCCCGAUUUUCCCUGCGAGUACAAAGCAACCCUAGAAGAACUCCUGACCGAAGCCGAUGUUGUCAGUUUGCACAUGCCGACAGAAAAAUCCUUUGCAAAGGAUCAAUUCAACGCCAUGAAGCCUGGGGCAGUGCUGGUCAAUACUGCGCGCGGUGGCGUUGUGGACGAGGAAGCUCUCAUCAACGCCUUGCGGGAUGGCAAGCUGUACGGCGCAGGCCUAGAUGUCUUCCCAGACGAGCCCAACAUUAACCCGGAGUUGCUCAAGUUCGACAACGUAUCGAUUCUUCCUCAUAUGGGUACCGAAACUAGCGACAGUAGGCACAAGAUGGGAAUCGUGGUACUACAGAACGUCCUGGACGCUCUUUCGGGGAAGACCUUGCGCAACCUGGUUCCUGAACAUAGGUUGUGAGCGAUGCUGUUGUGUCUCUCUAUCUGCAACGUGAAACAUGUAUAUGCAUGAGAGACAUAGAGGCGGUAAUCCCGGAUUAAGAACAACAAAGUCGAUGAGGAAUACACAUGACAGGGACGAAUGGGGUAUACACAGAU